UUGUCCCACAGGCGGAGGCCAGGCUGGCUGCAAAGAGAGUGGCCAGGGCGGAGGCGAGGGACAUCCGAAUGAGAGAACUCGAACGGCAACAGAAAGAGGUGUACACUCUCUCUCUCACACACACACACACACAUUUAGUGAUACAGGUACAGUCAAUGAUUUAGUCAACUCUGAUUCAUUCAAGAAAGACAUCCUGCCAUUUCUCUCGUUGAACCAGGAAAUGUGUUGGGGUGUACGAGUGCUGCAUGUUCAUAGAUCAAAUCCAGAUAUCUGUAUAUAAACCAUCUUUCACAUUUAUUUUUCUCUUUCCCUUGUAUGUAAAUUAUGAACCUUGUGUGACUAACUGAGUCUAUAUCAUAUAAUAAGAUAUUUGUGUGUUCAACUCCCUGGCACUCCCUUCCUCCCUCCCCCUGUUCUGUCCAGCUCUCCUCUCACCACUCCUCAUCCAGCAGCAGAAAAAGCUGGGGCUCGAUCCACCAAUGGAUGGUAACGUUAGGCCAGGGAGCAUGGGCCUCUCUCUAUACUAACACAGCCUGUUAUGUUGUGUGUGUGUGUGGGAGCUGGCCUCUCUACCCCCUAAACAGUGCCCUCUGAUGACAGAACCUUACAUCACAUUAUAAAUAUUGUUCUGCAAUGUAUUUGCUUAGGAGGAGACACCUUUAUCUGUGGCUGUGCGUUGAGAGUUGGCUUUGGCCUCUUACCUUAUUUGGGUCUUUUGUGCUAUACAAUGAGGCAGUUUGGGGGAUAACGUUGAUAUGCAUUGGAAUGAGGUACUUUGGUCCUGUUUUCUGUUCUCUAACCACAAUUGAGUGAGCGUUGCUGAAAUGGCCUAGUUCCUAGGGCUGUUGCGGUGACCGUAUUACCGCCACACCGGCGGUCACGAGUCAUGAAGGCAGUCAAGUUCCACGUGACUGUUUAGUCACGGUAAUAAGACUUCUCCAAGCUCUGAUGCUGCUGAUGGUCAUUCACACAUCUAUUAGUUAGUAUUUGUAAAGACAAGAUUAAAUCAAGAAUAAUCUGAUGGAUUACCAUAUUAGCCUAUCACUUGUGAAUGAUAUAUUAUCACUUGUGAAUGAUGCCCAGCUUAAGGCAAGAGACAAUGCCUUUUUUGGUGACUUUUUCUAAUCAUAGUCACACACCUCAUGUAGCUUAUAUGUUUUGAUAAGGUUUUUAUCACAGCUAAUGUGGCCAAAUAACUUCUUAAAAUUAAGCACGUUAAUCAGCUUUAAACGGGGUGUCGAGCCUAACUGGCAUACAUAAGCAGCGUGUGAGUUUCAAGUUUGGGGAAGAUAAUUUUCACCAUAAAAAUGCAACUUUAUAAUAAAAGCAUUAAAGGUCACUUUUGAUAAUGGUGUUUUCCUGCUAAUAGAACAUUCGCGCUUAUAGCUUACUGCCGUAUGCGCAUUGCUGCGCUUAUAAUGUGAAGAAAUAGCCUAAUAGUUUAUCAACAUUUUAAGCUAAACGUUCUGAUCUGUUGCAUCAGCCUCAUUGCGUAAAAAAGUGGCUUUGAUGCUAGUGGUUGUAUUAAUUUGGGAUCUAUUGCAUUCCACAACUGUCCCAGACUAUGUUUUGAAUAUUGAUUUCUCUCACAGAAUAGAAUAGGUCAACUUUUGUACUAUGGGGGAUAGUACUGUAGCUCAGUUGGUAGAGCAUGGCGCUUGCAACGCCAGGGUUGUGGGUUCAUUUCCCACGGGGGGCCAGUAUGAAAAUGUAUGCACUCACUAACUUUAAGUCGCUCUGUGUAAGAGCGUCUGCUAAAUUACUAAAAUGUAAAUGUAAAAUGUAGAUUGACAUAGGCUAGUGCUUUUGCUGUUCGUUAGGCUUACUCAUCUUGUUGGCUGACGAAAAAUAAAUGUGCACAGUUCUUCCAAUAUCUUAAUAUGCACCUCGGAAUUGGAUAAGGAUGCGCAGUUGCAUCCCCGAUGUGUCUGUCUUCACUUGUAGCCUGUCAGAAAGACCCGAUCACGUGAUGGAGAGCCAUGUGAGUAAGAGGUGCUUCGGAGCCUGCAGCACUCAGGGAGAAGGGCACAACGCAGCACUCCGGGCCAAGAGCACAACGGCCACUGGCCGCAAAAGGCAUGGAUUUUUUUAGGGUGCAUUACAGCCACACAAAGGCCGUAAUUUAAGUUACAUGAAUAACUCUAAAUUAAGCAUAUAGGAGUACCUAUUUCUUUGUUAGACCCAUGGGGCGGCGCACAAUUGGCCCAGCGUCGUCCAGCGUAGGGCAGGGAUGUAGCUCAGUUGGUAGAGCAUGGCGUUUGCAACGCCAGGGUUGUGGGUUCGAUUCCCACGGGGGGGCCAGUAUGAAAAAAAACACACAAAAAAGAAUAAUGUAUGUACUCACUAACUGUAAGUCGCUCUGGAUAAGAGCGUCUGCUAAAUUACUAAAAUGUAAAAUGUUAACCGCUCAAUACAGAAUAGCCGCAUGUGCACAGUCCCUCAAAUCGUUUGGAGAAAAUAUCCUUUCUGUUUUAUUCAGCUUUGUUCAAUUGGAUUCUUCAUACUAUAAAAUAAUAUAAAAUAAUGCCAUGGAAUUCUAAGCAAAUCUUGUCUGCUGAAAACUAGUGUAGCCCACAGCCAUUUGGCAUAGCCAGAUCAGGACCUAACAGAAGGACAACUCCGAGUAUGCUAUUCUGUUCUUCUGAAAUAGACUACAUUUUCUUCAUACCAUGUUUCUUUAGACCUGUCUAAAAUAAAUAAUGGAUUUAUUGUGGAGAUGUAGGCUAUAUUACAUGGAUUUAUUAUACUUUUUUAAAUGUAGAUGUUCCAAAGGUCUGCAUUAGUGGCUUGUAGGCUAUGUGUGGAAACCAGGAGAUGCUACGUUUUACGUUUUAGUCAUUUAGCAGACGCUCUUAUCCAGAGCGACUUACAGUUAGUGAGUGCAUACAUUUUUCAUACUGAUGCGCAACAAAUGCCAAUAUCGGUCAAAUGACUUGAAUGAGAUUUGUGCCACAAAUGCCAAAAUGCUACCAUGUGACAACAGUGCAAGGGAAACCAAACCAAAGCAUGUUGUUGUCAUACCUUGUCCAUAGACUGGCCUACAGGGUAAGGAAACCAAUGUCAUUGUAAUUUGGGUGAACUAACUGGCCAAGAAAUACACCCAUGCUAAUGUAAAGCUUAUGGGAGGGUCAAAAUUCCAGUCGGGAUCAGAACAAAUGAAUUUACAGCCAGAAUUCCAGACUCCUAAAAGAUGUUGAGCAGAUCGUGGUCUUGGGGAAGAAUAGCAACACACACACACACACACACACACACACAGAGAUCCGCUCAACUGAGUCUCCUACACAGACAGUAACAACUGGCUCUGCUCGAUAGCACAUUUUCACCCUUCAUACAAUAUAGACAUGUGUUUAGAUAUAUUUAUAUUCAGAGAGAUGUAUCCCGUUCUCAGUUUAUUGUCGAGUCAUUUAGUUUGUUCCUAAAACCGACAAUUUUGGUAACACAGAAGGAAUCUCUGCAGCACUUAGACAGAAAACGACAGGAACCACAGAUAAAAAUAUCUUCAUUAUUAUAUCUGGGUCAACAGAGGAAUCAUGACACUAACAGCUGUUGGAAAUAGUAGAGGACGAGUGCAGGAAAAGACAGCUUUAGAGCAGCACAACAAAGCACUAAAUACAAAAACAUUACGAUUCAUGACUAAUAUACUCAGGGAGGGCGGGGUGUCAUAAAAUCAAAACGUAUAAAAUGGCAUGGCACUUAAUGGAUGCAUCUACACUGCAUAUUGCUGCAAACUACUCACUAGGCUAAAUAUACAGAUACAGGGACAGGGCUGGGGAGAGAGAGGUGGGACAGGAGACGUGUUAGUUGGAUAUACAGAUACAGGGACAGGGCUGGGGAGAGAGAGGUGGGACAGGAGACGUGUUAGUUGGAUAUACAGAUACAGGGACAGGGCUGGGGAGAGAGAGGUGGGACAGGAGACGUGUUAGUUGGAUAUACAGAUACAGGGACAGGGCUGGGGAGAGAGAGGUGGGACAGGAGACGUGUUAGUUGGAUAUACAGAUACAGGGACAGGGCUGGGGAGAGAGAGGUGGGACAGGAGACGUGUUAGUUGGAUAUACAGAUACAGGGACAGGGCUGGGGAGAGAGAGGUGGGACAGGAGACGUGUUAGUUGGAUAUACAGAUACAGGGACAGGGCUGGGGAGAGAGAGGUGGGACAGGAGAACAGAAGAGCAACACACACACUACUACGCCAGCAUCAAGAGAGGGAGGGUAGCAGUUACCCCUAAGCCAAUGACACAUGGUCAGAUACUUUUUCUAUCCUCCUAAUACAUAAGGAUUGAGGGUAUGGUGCGUGAUCUGAUCCUAGAUCUGUGAUUAUGGGCAAGUGGGACAGUCGUCCACUAAUUCAGUGCCAUGAGGAAUAGAUGGGGUAGAGGAAUAGUAGACUACUAUGGUAAUGUAACUUGUGGCUUUAAUUUGAGCAGAGCCCUAUGUGGCUCUGCUCAGUAGGACUACAUGAAGAAACUACAUGUCAUGGGGGUGGAAUGUAGUUUUUGUUUAAAAGAGGGAAAAUACCCUUUAGAUGCAGAUGGUAUUUUUUGUACUCCACAGGACGUUUGCAUUAUUUAUACAUACAUGCGUUUAAUCAUUUCAUAAUUUUCAAUACUUUUGAACGCAUGGUCCUGUUUUUUGUUUUGUUUUCAUUUGUCAGCCCAUUGGAAAAAAAUACCGAAAAAACAGAAGCGAUGGGAAGGUAGCGAUCCCAUGUUGUUGUCGUUCGCUCCCUCCCUUGUUCCAGCCUCCUCCCUGUUGCGCCCCUCUUUCCACCCGAUCGCGAGGGGGCAGUUAACAGCGCGUCUCGUAGAUGCCGCUGCGACCGAUGUAGCGCACCCAUUUGAUGACGUCGUGGUCACUGUAGUUCAGCUUGGGCUCGAACACCUUCAGGUAGCGCACCUGAUGCUACAUUUGUUUGUUAAUUAAUGGCCAAUCACCGUGAGACUGACAGUUAUUUGCUUGACAAUCACCGGCUGACGAAAUUUCGUGACCGCCACAGCCCUACGAGUUCCCCAAGAUAUUGAUUGUUAAGUCCAAUGUCACUUAGAUCAUUAAGUCCAAUGGUAAGCUAAAGAUUAUCUUUGUUUUGUGGGAACUCACCCCUGAUCGGUCGCAAGGGCCCCCAACCAAAACUGGUGUAGGGCCCCCAAAAGCAAGGGUCGGCCCUGGAUAUGUUACUUGGAACUGACCUGUAGAGUAUGGUGUGCUAUUAACACAGUGGGGUUGUUCCAUGUCAUUUUAGCAAGCCAUGACACCCACCAUCACAGAUUGUUUUGAAAUCGUUUCUGUAGUUCCUCUGAACAGAGGAAAAAAACCAUCAAAUUCAUUGGGAAUACAUUACAUAGGAUGAAGAAACAAUACUCUGAGCCGCAGCUCCAUACUACUUGUCAGACACAGAAAACAGAUACUAUAUACUUGUUGGGGUGGGAUUGACAUGGGGGGUCCGUGGGUGACUGACCAUUCCUAUGGAUUCCUCAUGUCUUACUUAUUGUUAGAAAAAAGUUUUGUCCAAAUCAGAUGUUAGGUACUAUAUUUAUUGAAUAUUAUAUGAAUCCUAGAAAUUAUAAUGGCCAAUUUGGAUGCAAUCAAUUAGCUUAAUUUCUCAGAGAUCUAAUUAUAUUUCAACAAAAUAAUGCUGCAGGAAUACUAAUCUAAUCUGUUUCUAACAACAGAAACGAUUCCAUCCGGCCGCUACCGGGAGACCCACGAGGCGGCGCACAAUUGGCCCAGCGUUGUCCGAGUUAGGGGAGGGUUUAGCUGGCUGGGAUGUCCUUGUCCCAUCACGCUCUAGUGACUCCAAUGGCGGUCCGGGCGCAUGCACGCUGAUACGGUCGCCAGUUGUACGGUGUUUCCUCCGACACAUUGGUGUGGCUGGCUUCCGGGUUAAGCGAGCAGUGUGUCAAGAAGCAGUGCGGCUUGGCAGGGUCGUGUUUCGGAGGACGCAUGGCUUUCGAUCUUCGCCUCUCCCGAGUCUGUAUGGUAGUUGCAGCGAUGGGACAAGACUGUAACUACCAAUUGGAUAUCACGAAAUUGGGGAGAAAAAGGGGUAAAAAAUAAAUAAAUAAGAAUUGAUUCCAGAACAAUCUGAGAUGGUGGGUAUCGAAAUCCUUUUUGAGGUGGAACGACCAAUGAAAAAAUGUGCGUUUAGGACUGUGUAUACAAUACUGUAGCUAGCUAGUAACUUUUCAAAGGGAUUACUGUGUGGAAGCCCAAGUUUCCUCCCUUUUUGUCUGUGUGGUUGAACAGCUCCUGUUGCAGUGUUUCUGAUGGAUUAAUGGAGCUGCGCAAGUUGUUGGCGAUUUUUGGCCUAACAUUAACAUCAAGAUGUGUUAUGCGUGGUUAUGUCAUUGCACGUAGAGUAUUAGCCUUCCUUUGCAUCUCCCUCGUCUCUAAGUACCAACGCUCUCCAUCUCCAGGCUGACACAGAGAAGGCCCGGCACCCUGGAACUAGUACUAGAUCCAGUAGCCAUCAUCGCCGGGUCUGUAUGCUUUAUCUCACAUCUCUUUCUCACCAAUCUCUUUCUCACCUUUAUCUUAUUUCCUGACUUGUCUUGUCGUCCUAUUUGUCUGUCCCCAUGUUUCUCUGCAACAGGAUGACGAUGUCAUGUCGGUCCGUAGCACUGGAAGCUACAGGGUGUGUACAUUACAUAAUCUCAUUGACAGUGUCAUGUCAUUAUUUUAGUCUGACUAUUAAUAUGGAGGUAGAAUUCUAUUGGAAAGCCACACUGAUGUGUGAAACCAUUGGCUUGUGUGUCUAAUUGUUAGAAUAUGUAAAAAAAUUGGAAUACAUUAAUGUUCCUUGAGUAAUUCUGUUGUGAUGUGUGUGUGUGUAUGUUCUGGUUUUGAAGUCAACCUUUUCAUUGCGAGACCUGGGCAGCUCAUCUCAUAAAAGCCUGGCCAGCACCUCUCGUCGAAGAGACCUGGUGGUGCGUCUGUGUCGUGUGUGUGCAUGUGUGUGUUUCCGGGUAAAGGUGGGAUGGAUGGCAUGACCGAUUUGUGCAGAAGGGAAAUGGGGAUGGGUUUGCUGCUGUCUAAAAGACCAGUGUUGAAUUCACAGCUGGGCGACACAGGAAGAUAGCUGGGCUAUAUUAGGCAGGGCUAUAUUCUAUGUUGUCAUGGGCUAGGCUAACAUCCUUGUGGCUUGUAAUGACAUUCAAACAGCUGAGAUGGUUACAUUAAGACUAAAGUCUAAAGACAAAUUACUAGGCUACCUCAAAUGACUCUGCAUGAUAGUGUUUAAUAAACAAUUCGAUGUCCAUUACUAAUGUAUUUUCCUAACGAAAAAGACAUUCAGCUUAUCAUUUAACCUCACAGUUUUGCAGUGUCAUGCACCAACUGUCAAAAUGUAGCUAUGACUUGGUGUGGUGUGCCGUUCGUUCUCACAACUUUUUAGUAAUCUGCAGUGUGAACACACUCACAGCACGUCUGUCUGUCGCUCCUAAGAGCAGGGGUCUCAAACUAAUUUUUCCUGCGGGGCCAUAUUCGGUCUUCCCCCGAGGGCUGUAUUUAUUAAGACAACCGGCCACAUUAAAUCGGCUCAUGGGCAGCAUCUGGCCCGCGGGCCGCCAGUUUGAGAUCUGUGACUUCGAGCCGCCAGUUUGAGGUCCUUAUUGGCUGUUUGAUCUUGUGAUGAUCAUAUUUCACAUGAACCUUGUUCUCUCCCCAGUCUGACGGCCUGUCCAAUAGCUCGGCUCUGAAGAGUAGCUCCUCUGUGAAGGGUAGCUCCUCUCUGAAGAGCUCCCGCUCCACUGUAUGUACUCGUCUGCUGCUGAGCAUGUGUGGAUUGAUUCACAGUAAAAGUGACUUUCGUCUGUCUUUUGUUAUACACUGAACAAAAAUAUAAACGCAACAAUUUCAAAGAGUUACAGUUCAUAUAAGGAAAUCAGUCAAUUGAAAUAAAUUCAUUAGGCCCUAAUCUAUGGAGUUUACCUGACUAGGAAUACAGAUAUGCGUCUGUUGGACGCAGAUACCUUAAUCAAAUUGCCAUAGAUAAAAUGCAAUUGUGUUCGUUGUCUGUAGUUUAUGCCUGCCCAUACCAUAACCCCACCGCCACCAUGGGGAACUCUGUUCACAACGUUGACAUCAGCAAACAGCUCGUCCACAUGAUGCCAUACACACUGUCUGCCAUCUGCCCGGUACAGUUGAAACCGGGUUUCAUCCGGGAAGAGCACACUUCUCCAGCGUGCCAGUGGCCAUCGAAGGUGAGCAUUUGCCCACUGAAGUCGGUUACGACACCGAACUGCAGUCAGGUCAAGACCCUGGUGAGGGCGACGAGCACGUAGAUGAGCUUCCCUGAGACGGUUUCCAACAAUUUGUUCAGAAAUUCUACGGUUGUGCAAACCCACAGUAUCAUCAGCUGUCUGGGUGGCUGGUUUCAGAUGAUCCCGCAGGUGUAGAAGCCGGAUGUGAAGGUCCUGGGCUGGUGUGGUUACACGUGGUCUGUGGUUGUGAGGCCGGUUGGACGUACUGCCAAAUUCUCUAAAACAACAUUGGAGGCGGAUUAUGGUAGAGAAAUUAACGUUACAUUCUCUGGCAACAGCUCUGAUGGACAUUCCUGCAGUCAGCAUGCCAAUUGCACGCUCCCUCAACUUGAGACAUCUGUGGCAUUGUGUUGUGUGAUAAAACUGCAAAUGUUAGUGGCCUUUUAUUGUCCCCAGCACAAGGUGCACCUUUGUAAUGAUCAUGCUGUUUAAUCAGCUUCUUGAUAUGCCACACCUGUCAGGUGGAUGUAUUAUCUUGUCAAAGGAAAAAUGCUCACUAACAGGGAUGUAAACUAAUUUGUGCACAACAUUUACGAGAAAUAAGCUUUUUGUGCGUAUGGAACACUUCUGGGAUCUUUUAUUUCAGCUCAUGAAACAUGGGAAGAACAUGGGACAUGUUGCGUUUAUAUUUUUGUUCAGUAUAGUUCAUGUGUUCAGUUCAUUUAGUUUUCCUCUUUUGUAAACUUUAAUGUCUUUACACACUGAUUAAUAUGUGGGAGCCUGUGUGAGAGGUUUUGCAUAGUGAGUCGAAUGUGUGAGUGGGAUAUGAAGAGCUUGAUUUAAUCGCUUUAAUUGCAUGCUUUACCAGAAAGGGUGCUUUUUACACCCAAAUGUAUUUGUACACUAUACUGCCUGACUCCAAAUCUUCACCAUCAUUAGCUAGGUUUCCAUCCAAUUGGCGACAGAUGUAACUGUAUAACUGAUCAAAUUAUGCAAGCAUUGUCAUUUUGAAUUCCGUAAAGUGAGUGUGGAAGAGGUUAAAAAUAUUAUUGAUCAACAAUGACAAGCCAGCGGGGUCUGACAACUUCGAUGGAAAAAUACUGAGGAUAAUAGCGGACAAUAUUGCCACUCUUAUUUGCCGUAUCUUAUUGGCCUGGAGGGAAGCGAAAGUAAUUCCGCUACCCAAGAAUAGUAAAGCCCCCUUUGCUGGCUCAAAUAGCCGAACAAUCAGCCUGUUACCAACCCUUAGUAAACUUUUGAAAAAAAUUGUUAUACCAGAUACCAUUCUAUUUUACUGUAAACUAAUUGACAGACUUUCAGCACGGUUAUAGGGAAGGACAUUCAACAAGCACGGCACUUACACAAAUGACUGAUGAUUGGCUGAGAGAAAAUGAUGAUAAAAAGAUUGUGGGAGCUGUUUUGUUAGACUUAAUUGUGGCUUUUGACAUUAUCGACCAUAGUCUGCUGCUGGAAAAACGUAUGCGUUAGGGCUUUACACCCCCUGCUAUAUAAUGGAUAAAGAGUUACCUGUCUAACAGAACACAGAGGGUGUUCUUUAAUGGAAGCCUCUCCAACAUAAUCCAGGUAGAAUCAGGAAUUCCCCAGGGCAGCUGUCUAGGCCCCUUACUUUUUUCAAUCUUGACUAAUAACAUGCUACUGGCCUUGAUAAAGCCAGUGUGUCUAUGUAUGCGGAUGACUCAACACUAUACAUGUCAGCUACUACAGUGAGUGAAAUCACUGCAACACUUAACAAAGAGCUGCAGUUAGUUUCAGAAUGGGUGGCAAGGCAUAAGUUAGUCCUAAAUAAUUCAAAAACUAAAAGCAUUGUAUUUGGGACAAAUCAUUCACUAAACCCUAAACCUCAACUAAAUAUUGUCAUAAAUAAUGUGGAAAUUGAGCAAGUUGAGGUGACUAAACUGCUGGGAGUAACCCUGGAUUGUAAACUGUCAUGGUCAAAACAUGUUGAUACAACAGUAGCUAAGAUGGGGAGAAGUCUGUCCAUAAUAAAGCGCUGCUCUGCCUUUUUAACAACACUAUCAACAAGGCAGGUCCUACAGGUUCUAGUUUUGUCACACCUGGACUACUUUUCAGUCGUGUGGUCAGGUGCCACAAAGAGGGACCUCGGAAAAUUACAAUUGGCUCAGAACAGGGAAGCACAGCUGGCCCUUAAAUGUACACGGAGAGCUAACAUUAAUAAUAUGCAAGAAAAUCUCUCAUGGCUCAAAGUGGAGGAGAGAUUGACUUCUUCACUACUUGUUUUUGUAAGAAGUGUUGACAUGCUGAAUGAACCGAGGUGUCUGUUUUUAAGCUACUAGCACACAGCUCGGACACCCAUGUAUACCCCACAAGACAUGCCACCAAAGGUCUCUUCACAAUCCCCAAGUCAAGAACAGACUAUGUGAGGCACACAGUACUGCAUAGAGCCAUUGCUACAUGGAACUCUAUUCCACAUCAGGUAACUGAUGCAAGCAGUAUAAUCAGAUUUAAAAACAGAUAAAAAUACACCUUAUGGAACAGCAGGGACUAUGAUAAGACACAUAUGUACACAUGGAUUUUGUAUUGUACAGUGCAUUUGGAAAGUAUUCAGACCCCUAGACUUUUUCCACAUUUUCUUACGUUACAGCCUUAUUCUAAAAAUGUUCCUCAUUAAUCUACACACAAUACCCCAUAAUGACAAAGCGAAAACAGGUUUUUAGAUUUUUUUUGUGCAUAUUUAUUACGUAAAUAAGGUAUUUUCUGUUUUAUAUUUGUAAGUAUUCAGACCCUUUGCUAUGAGACUCAAAAUUGAGCUCUGGUGCAUCCUGUUUCCAUUGAUCAUCCUUGAUGUUUCUACAACUUGAUUGGAGUCCACCUUGAUUGGACAUGAUUUGGAAAGGCACACACCUGUCUAUAUAAGGUCCCACAGUUGACAGUGCAUGUCAAAGCAAAAACCAAGCCAUGAUGUCAAAGGAAUUGUCCACAGAGCUCCGAGACAGGAUUGUGUCGAGGCACAGAUCUGGGGAAGGGUACCAAACAUUUUCUGCAGCAUUGAAGGUCUCCAAGAACACAGUGGCCUCCAUCAUUCUUAAAUGGAAGAAGUUUGGAACCACCAAGACUCUUCCUAGAGCUGACUGCCCGGCCAAACUGAGCAAUCGGGGGAGAAGGGCCUUGGUCACGGAGGUGACUAAGAACCCGAUGGUCAAGCUUGUAGCGUCAUACCCAAGAAGACUCGAGGCUGUAAUCGCUGCCAAAGGUGCUUCAACAAAGUACUGAGUAAAGGGUCUCAAUACUUAUGUAAAUGUGCUAUUUUAUUUUUUGUAAACAUUUCUAAAAACCUGUUUUUGCUUUGUCAUUAUGGGGUAUUAUUUGUAGAUUGAUGAGGGGGGGAAAACAAUUUUAAUCAAUUUUAGAAUAAGUCUGUAACGUAACAAAAGUUAAGGGAUCUGAAUUCUUUCCGAAUGCACUGUAGAUAUGUGAUAGAGUAGUGGCCUGAGUGAACACACUUAAUGUGUUGUGAAAAGUGUUAUGAAAUGUAAUAUCAUGUAAUAUUUUAAAUUGUAUACAACUGUCUUAAUGUUACUGGACCCCAGGAAGAGUAGCUUCUGCCGUUGCAGCAGCUAAUGGGGAUCCUUAAUAAAUACAAAUGCUAAUAUUCUAAAAUCUGCAUGAAGAAAAUAUGCAACAUUUCCAAAGAGUGGUGUUUCCACCAAACAUAGAUUUUUAUAUGCAAAAAAAGUGUGCGUGAUUAAUUUUACAGACAAAACUAUUCUACGAUGUCGAACAAACAAAUGAUCUGUCGGCAUUUAUCAAAUUGUACCGAAACAUCCUGUUUCCAUCACAGCUGUCGUGAUUUUAUUUUAUACGGUAGGACUUUACUUGCAUAAAACUGUGGAUGGAAACGUAGUUAGUGACUGAUUUCAACUAAAAUAACUUGCAUAAAUCAUGUAGUGUGCGCACAUCUUACAGAAUAUUUGACCUUUUUAUAAACUAAAUUCUAUGUCAUUUAGGCCUUUAUGACAGGAGACAUCUGAAUCUUUUUUAAUACUACACAAAUAACCGAAAUGAGUGGCAACUCUGACUGACCCUGUCAAACAGAUAAAUACAAAUGGCCUGAGCCCGGUUUCCCAGAAGCAUCUUUGGAUAAGUUCAUUGUUAGAACCAUUGGAUCGUUAUGGUUCUAAGAUAACCGGGCGCUGGUGUUGAAAGAAGGGAGAAACACAGAUUGUACAAUAUUAGGAGGAAAUGUAUAAAUAUUAUAGGCUACAGUAGGCUACUACAUCAACUUUCCAGUGGCACUGACUCACCCAAUGAAGAUAGAUAGCAUGAAUAUGUGUAGCCUAGGCUUCUCACUACCAGUGAUGGUCUCAAGAUAGGCCUGAGCUACUUUGAAAAACAGUGCUGUUUGUUGUUGAGAAAAACAUUUCUUUGCUUGUACUGACAAAUUAGUCUUCUCUUUUCAGCGUUAGGCAUUUGCUUACGAAACGUAUUUCCCGCAAAUUGUAUUUUGAAAUUUGUAAAGAGAAAUAGAAUCCAUAGAACAAAAGUGCCCAAUCAAGUCAGGACUGAAAGCCAUUUUGAGCAUACCCAUGAGUUUACGACUCAAAUUACCAAAACGCUUCCCAGCUAGCACAUUUGGUUCCUUGGAAGUUGUGGGAACGUAAGUGUUUGGUGAGAACGUAAGCCAUACAUUUCCUGACCGUUAAAACUUUCUGAGAACGGAAGUAAAAAUUACGCCUGUUUUGGGAAUGUUAAUUUUGCAGGGAGGUUCUGAGAAUGCUUUUCUGUGAUUCCCUGAAAGUUUCCCCGGGAGGUUUUAUUAAUGUUCUGAGAACAGAAAUGAUAGGUUAUUAAAUAACAUUCUGAUAACAUUGCUAGCUUAGGUUAACUGUUUUGAAUUCCAAACACAGCUAGGACACAUGGAAAUUAAUUUGCUUGAAUCAUGACACACAUGAAGAUCAUAUGUUCGAACCUAUGAUCUUCUACUCCCUAUCCAUGGAAUUAGUCCAAUGCGCCACCAGGAUGGAGCUAGCAUGCCAUGUUUUUUUUUUUAAACUCAUACAAAGCUGUUAAUUUUAAUCUAUUCAAACAGAUCCUUUUUCAAAGGAAACAAGCACUUAUUAAAAUAAGGUGUGGCCAGUUAGUGGGUGCAGCCAACACACCUGAACACACUUAACAAGGUAGAGGAUAGAGAGUUGAUGUUGCGAACAGAAUGUAUGUUUUUAAACAACAUUCUUAGAAUGUUCUUUGAACGUUACUAAUGUUUUCUUGUGUUUUUUUAUGGAACGUUUUCUUAAUGUUCUGAGAACAGGACUUUAAAUUGAACCAUGAGGAAGCCUGCAGAAAACGUUAUGCUGAAGUACUGAACUCCCAUAGAAGAACGUUGUUUCUUAACGUUCUCUGAACAAUUUGUGAACAUUACUUUAAAUAGAACCAUGAGGAAACCUUAUGGGAAGGUUGUAUGCAAAAUAACGAUAGGAAAACCACACUCUCACCAAGCUCUAAGAAACACAUGGUUCUCAGAACAUUAUGUGCUAGCUGGGUACUAUGGAUUAUAUUUCUAUGGCCGCAAAGCAACAAGCUGUUCAAUAUUUGGCGCGUGUGCUGCCCAAAUUCAGUCAGUGUUCAGACAGGAGUAAUUAUAUAAUUUUGGAAACAUUAUUUCAAUUUAUCAGGGGGUGCUGCAGGCCCUUCAGCACCCCUACUUCCCGCGGCUAUGGGUCUUGGGUCACUGUGACCCUAAGUAAGAUUUGCUUUGGUAGCGUGAGUUAACCAACUUCUAGUGUCUCCCGCAUUCAUGUCCCCUCUUCCCUGCCAGAGCUCUGUGUACAACGACCUGCAUAAGAAGGCUCCCGUGUCCAGCAGCUCCAGGAAGGGCCUGCUGGUCAGUGUGUGUUUGUGUGUGUGUUCUCUCCUAGUGUGGGCCACUCUGGGCUCCUUGAUCCAACUAACUGGAAGCAGUGUGGUGGCCAAUGUAAUUGAGCAGAUCUAUCUAGGAAGAUUUUUGUCUCAUUGUGCAUGCUUGAUGUAUUACAUAAUUGUUCCAUUAUAGACAUAAAUCGUGCCUGUGAUACUUCCCAUUUUUGAUAGUGGAACAUUCUGAAAUAAAGGUGAAAAGGCAUGUCACAGCUUUGGCAUGUUAUUUUGCUGUAUUAAUUUCCUCCUGUCUCUCUCUGUUUAUGGUCAUAUCAUACUAUUCCACUCAUCCUCUCCUCCUCCAGACUGGCUUGUACCACGAUCAGAGGAACUACAGCAGCCUAAAGAACCCCACCAAACCUCCUCCUCCCACUACUUCCACCUAUCAGCCUCGGGUUUGUCCUCCUCAGUCCUGGUCUAUUUCUAGCCCUUCCCUGUCUAGAUUAAGUGGUGAAAGCAAGUUAGCUGAACUGAAACUACUUAAAGAAGAACUGAGUUUUUAUCUACUCAAGUUUAUGGGACGUAUAAACGCCAGUUGAGAUGGCCCAUUGUGAAUGGUUAACUACACACAGAGGGUUUUUAUAGUGUCGGUGUGUGUUUGCACUCAAAGUUUUACAGUACUUAGUCAUUCUUUGAUAUGAAGUUGCUGUUGGACUUCAGUGCCGUACAUGCAACACCUCAUCCAUUUUCAGUUGACGGGGACAGUGCACCUCACUCCUAUGUAGUCGUCCUCUCAUCACAUCACAGUGCUCUAUUCUCAGGGCCCCAGGGACAGGAAAAUGGCGUUUGUUUCUCCUCACACUAUCUGAGGACGUUUUCCUACCAACCCCCCCACCCCUGCUCUCUGUGGCUGUCCUCUAACUGUCCCACACCCCCUCUCCUUUACCUCACCCCCUCUCCUUUACCUCACCCCCUCUCCUUUACCUCUCCCCUCCUCACAGGCCCCAUCUGUGGCCUCCACCGCUGGCUCUGGUUCGGGGCUGACGCGCAGCUACAGCCUGGUCAGUGUCGCACUCAUGCCUUCAUAUCACCUUCAGAGACCAGACCCCAGUCCUCUCUGAUACAUCUGAUAGCCAUGGCCAGGGUUCUCCCUAGGUCAUUUAUAUUUAGGUUCAAUGGUCACCGUGGGCACUUAGUGGGGCCGAGGUUAUGCGGUCUGGUAGGCUAUGUUUGAUAAGAAAUGGCUUUUUGUCAGAUCAGUGCUUUCUACAAAGAAUAACUACAGCAAUGGUUGAUGCAGGAAAUAUCCCAUUGUUUAUAUUUAGUUAAUAUUGAGAAAGGCAUGCUACUCAGCCUGUGAGAUUUUCUGACAGGAAAUAUCCCAUUGUUUAUAUUUAGUUAAUAUUGAGAAAGGCAUGCUGAUUUUCUGACAGGUCAUUGCUCCCUCUUGUUCUUUGCUGAGUUCUGGAUGCUCUCCCUUGUGCCUUCAGGCUUCUAUAAAUGACGACGGUCUGUAUGGCUCAUACACUGGUUCUCAAUUGCAUACUGUAAGUGUUCUGUGUGUCUAUAAUUGAAUAGUGUUAAUGAUGUCACCAGGGCCAGCAGCACACUGGCCUGUCUGUGUCCCCACCAUGUCAAUGCUGUUUGUGCCCCCCCCCCCCCCCCCAACUACAGCCCUCUGAGUACAGCUGGUACUCCAGCUCCACCCGGAGCAGCCCUGUGGUGAGCCCCCCCCAUUCAGUCACACUGCCUGCAUGGUGUCCACUAACCUAGUCUGGCGUUACCAUACUCCCAAGUCUGAAACUGAGACUAUCCACCAACUUCAACCCACACACUGCCAUUACUAACAGGCUACCUACCUACACCCUCCUCCCUAGUCAUCCUCACGUCACGCCUAGGGAUACAUAAAUAUAUGUUUUGUCGUCACACACUGGACAGGUGCAGUGAAAUGUGGUGUUUUACAGUCAGCCAUAGUAGUACGGCGCCCCUGGGGCAAAUUAGGGUUAAGUGCCUUGCACAUUUAAUAUAUAGCAGUGACUGGAUAGACAAUGAAUUGCCAAAGUGUAUAGUAUCUUACACUUAAUUGCGUUUUGAUGUGCCAUGUGUUGCACGCAGUGUUGUGUAGGUCAAGACGAGGUAGAGUACUAGGACUAUUCUCUCCUCAAUUUGUUUGUUAUACUCCAUAUUAUUUGAUCAGAUCAGCCUAAUUACAUGACCUGAUGUACCUAAAAGAUUGGGGUCUUUUGUAUAAUCCAGAUACAGAAUGCCAGUAGGCUUUAUUAGUGUGUGAAGGUCAUCACAGCUCGAAAGCUUCAAUAGCAAAUGAAAACGCUGAAAUUGCAUCUGAUUUGAAGUGUGUGGAGAAAGGAGACUCCUUUUCACUAUUAGUGAGUGUGUGCCAAGUGCAUGUGGAUACAGUACUCUGAUAAGGGGGGGAUCCUGACUUCGUGCUCCUCAUAGAACUCAUCUGAUGACGAUACUGCCAGCACCGUGUCCCAGGAGCGCUACAGUCGCGGCAGGAGAGACAGCGUGGUGAGACCCUGGGGUUGGGUUAGGCUCUGGAGUGGGGAUUUAAUAGUAACAGCCACUGUUGUUUCCAGGGUUUAUAUAUGGGUUAUUUAUUAUGGGGUAGAUAAACAACCUUGGAUGUCUCCCUUUUUUGGUGACCUUUUUGGGUGUGCCUUGCUGCUAUGUUGUUAGUGUGCAGCACUGUUAUAUGCAGGCUUAAUUCUAUCCUUUUCAAUUUCCGUUGAAAAAUGGACAAAGUAUCUAUUCUGUUCUUUUAUUUAUCCUAUAGGCCUAUGCCCUAUGGCUCUCUCUUUUUAGACUUUCCAUGUUUUCCUCUGACCUCAUUUCCUUCCUCUCCCUCCUUCACUAUCUCUAUCAUCUAUCUGUCUCUGAUCCCCCACCCUGUAUCUGCUCAAUAGUCAUCUGAUUUCUCUGACAUCAGUGAGUCGGCCGCUGACUAUUUCAGCCGCUCCAACCGCAGGGGCAGCAUUGUGUCUGACCUGGAUGAUCUGUGUAUCCCAGACGACUUGGACGUUGUAAGUUACCCGCCAUCGUCACACUGGCGUGCGAUGGAAUGCACUGAAUUGCUGUUGUGGACACGUAACGCACAGUGUUGGGACGAUUUCUCACAGCCUGUAAUUUCAUACUGAUGCCCAGUUAUGUGCUUGCUGUAUAGCCAACUCCUAUAGUCAUUGUCAAUGUGUUGGCUAUACAGCACAUAAUAUAUCUGGGACUAGGCUAGUUAUGAAUAGUAUUAUGGAUAGGUUUGUCUUCACAGCAUGUGUUUGCUACAAAUAAAGACAAUUUUAAUAAAGUUCUCUGUUCUGAGUAACUUGUGUGUCUGGUGUGAUCUAUGAACAUGCAGCAGUCCCUAACUCAUACCCCAUCUACUAACUCUGAUUUGCAGGCCAUGAUCAGGUUUGGCAUCAAGCAUGUGCCACUUUGGAUACGAAAUCAGUUCAUGCAUGCAGAUGCCGUUGGCAUGUCUGUUUUAAUGAUUGUGUUUCCUUAUUUAUUUUCAGCUGGAUGAAAAAUGUGAUAAGACCUUCGUAGACUACAGCCGAGUGAGUACAACGAGCAGGAGAGAUAUCCAGUGUUCAUGUCUUCAGGCCGUGUUAUUUGUAUCAAUGAUGACCAUGACCAAUGUAGGCCUAAAUCAUUAACCUCUUAAGGAUCGGACCCUUUUUUUAAAAUUUUCGCCUAAAAUGACAUACUCAAAUCUAACUGCCUGUAGCUCUGGACCUGAAGGAAGGAUAUGCAUAUUCUUGAUACCAUUUGAAAGGAAACACUUUGAAGUUUGUGGAAAUAUGAAAUUGAUGUAGGAAACUAUAACACAUUUGAUCUUUGAAAUGCAAGAGAAAGGCCACAAUAUAAUAUUGCAGUUUAGGUGUAGCAGUGUGUGCAACGUUUCAGAUUGAUCCAGUGAAGCAUUGCAAUACUGGACUAUUUUGUAUCAAGUCUGCCCUAAUGUGCCGAAUUGGUCAAUUGAUACAUUUUCAAGUACAUAACUAUAGAGAACAUACAAAAAUGAUAUGGUAAUACAAAAUGUAAGUUUACACACUGCCAGGAAUGUCAUACAUGAUGGAUCAUUAGCUUAUACACUAACUUUCACACAUCUAGAUGGCGGGGUGGGUGUGGAGCCAGAGACAGCAGGGGUUCAAACUGUAGAACCCAGUUCCUACAUUUGAAUAUAAAGAUUGAUUUUAUCAAACAAAACUAUGCUACAUUUUAUCUCUGGGACCCUUAGGAUGACAAAUCAGAGCAAGAUUACUGAAUGUAAGUACAUUAUUUACCUUCAGAGGUGAAUGUAUCAAACCAGUUGCUGUGAUAAGUUUUUUGUUGUUGUGCACUCUCCUCAAACAAUAGCACGGUAUUUUUUCACUGUAAUAGCUACUGUAAAUUGGACAGUGCCGUUAGAUUAACAAGAAUGUAAGCUUUCUGCCAAUAUAAGACAUGUCUAUGUCCUGGAAAGUUUGCUGUUACUUACAACAGUCAUGCUAAUCACAUUAGCGCACGUUAGCUCAACCGUCCCGUCUACGGGACACCAAUCCCGUUGAGGUUCAAUACGUUUCCAAUCCAUAUUUCUACCUGCAUUCAUCACCACGCUGUUCAGAUCCAUAUUGUUAGUUCCCUCAUAUCCUCCCCCUAAAGCUGUGGUAAUGCCGGAUGAUAUAUCAUCUUAGUGGGGCUGGUUGGAACUGAUUGGGAGGAUAAGUUAAGCCGGGGCCCAGUAGUGUCGGUGUUGAAUGACAGUCCUGGGGUGUGUCUGUUGUUAUGUUCUGGGUUGACUUGAGCUCUAACUAAGGUGCUUUGUGUUGUGUUGUUUUCUAGCCAUCCUCGCGCUGUACCACCCCCGGCCUCUCCCCGGCCACCCUGGCCUCCCUGGGGGGGACAUCCUCGAGACGAGGCAGUGCAGACACAGGCAGCAUUGUCGACCCUGAUACCAGUCUGAGUGAAUUGAGGGUAAGGCACACACAAACACCACCACCAGUUGCAUAAAAACCAUUACAAGGUCUAAUUACAACCUGUCAUUACAAAGUUAGAUAAGUGUUGUGUGUCAGUUAUUCAAAUGUCAAUCGAUCUGAAAUAUAAGAAAAGUUACUUUUUACAGUGAACCAUUUGUGUAGUAGUUUACUAUUUUCCUCACUACUGUUUUAUUUGAGUUCAGAGAAUAUCUGAAACAUCCACACCUCCCUGCUCUCAACGUCUUAUGUUACAUGUUGACUCCAUGUAUGCACGGGAAGGCUGGAUGUGACAUGUUUCUUAAACUUCCUAUAAAGCUGUCCUUGUGUAUGUCUGGGCCUACCAUUGGGUAAAUUACUGUCUUGAGAUGCCAACAGCACGGGUGCUCUGUCUUUAAAUCUGUCCAUCUGUCCUUAAUUCUCCCUGGUUUCCCCCGAUUCACCCCAACCAACCAACCCUUCCUCCCAUCUGCUCUACAGGAUAUCUAUGAUCUAAAGGACCAGAUUCAGGAUGUAGAGGGGCGGUACAUGCAGGGGCUUAAAGAGCUGAAGGUAGAGGGGCCUGAGCUCGCAGCAUGCCUUCUCUUGUCCUGUUGGAGCCUUCUGGCAUCACUAACCCCACUGUACCUACGUCUCCCCCUCCCUCACCCCCUCUAGGGCUCCACUGACUGUAACCACUAACUGUAACACCAAAAACACUCACAUUUCUAUUGUGGCUCCCUGAUGGCAUGUUCCCUGCAUCACCUUUCUUGCUCAGUUUGAAACUCACUGGUAAUGGCAAGGAUUGAAAGCCUUGCUUGAACCCUAGCAGUGCUUGGGGGGGUAAGAGCAAGACUAAGAAUUGUCUUGUCUUGUUGCAAUCUUCUGUCUGUUGGAUGGGUUUCAGGGUAUGUAGUCCUACCCAGAAAACGACAAGUUUUCAUUCACACAGUGCUGAAUGGCAUCCUGGCUUCUUUUCUGUAGCCACCCUAAAAAGUUCACUUUUCUCUUGAGUCUUAGGAAGUAUAUUUGUGUUAAAAAGGGUACUUUACUAACACACCUGAUUCCUGGCAUGUCCUACACUUUAGUAGAACUGAAACACAAUAGCUGAACUUGAUCAUGUUUUGAUAUAUUUUUGUUCUUUGGCCUCAAGUUCUUUUUUUCAGAUGCUAUUUCAUCACUGCCAUGAAUCAUUCCUCCGAAUGAAUCAAUGCACCAUGGAUAUCAAGUGUAUCAGUUUUUAUCACUUGUCCAUCUCAGGUUUUGUCAUUGAUUACAAUGUGAGACAAUUCCAAGGUGGGGAGCAUUGUGAUGAUGUUUCAACCCCCCAGAUUCUUAAACACAAUCAAACCUGAGAUGGACAACCGAUGGAACACUUGAGAUAGAGCCUUUCCUCUGUUUUAGGUCUUAGUUAAGAUAUUACUACUGUACAUAAAUUGUAUGUUUUUUGAUAUGAGUAUUGUUCAUUUAGAGUAAGAACUCUAGUCACUGUUAAAUGCGUCAUAUUGAAUUGAAGUCAUUUGAAGGUGAGACUGAAAAAUAGAGGUUACAUUUAAUUGAACUGCAUCCUACCCAACAUCUAUAGCAGUGUCUUUCUGUCGCCAGUGUGUUUCGAACAUCCCGAACAUGGUUUCCUAGUUGAGAUACGAAAUGAAUGUAAGAGUAAAUGUAGUGUUCUAUUAUCAGUGUGGUCGUGCAGCUGUAUCUCCCAUAAUUUUUUUAAUAAUAGUAAUAAUCUUUCUAUUAUAGUUCCCACCAUGGUUCAGUGUGUAAACAUCUGUGGGUGUGUCCCUGGUAGGAGUCGCUCUCGGAGGUGGAGGAGAAGUAUAAAAAAGCCAUGGUGUCGAACGCACAGCUGGACAACGACAAAGCCAACCUCAUCUACAACGUGGACACACUCAAGGACGUCAUCGAGGAGAUGGAAGAGCAGAUGGCCGAGAUGCGUAGGGAAACUGAGGAAAAGUCUAAGGUGAAGUGUUAAACACACACAGCAUCGUAGAUCACCUUUAGCAUCUACUGUUAACACAUGCAGACUCAGACCGAGGCGAGUAUAUGCAAAUUGCAGCAAAAUCUCCAACCACACUAUCAACUUGUCCAAACAUACAGUUGAAGUUGGAAGUUUACAUACACUUAGGUUGGAGUCAUUAAAACUUGUUUUUCAGCCACUCCACAAAUGUCUUGUUAACAAACUAUAGUUUUGGCAAGUCGGUUAGGACAUCUACCUUUUGCAUGACACAAUGAGUUUUAACAACAAUUGUUUACAGACAGAUUAUUUCACUUAUAAUUCACUGUAUCACAAUUCCAGUGGGUCAGAAGUUUACAUACACUAAGUUGACUGUGCCUUUAAACAACUUGGAAAAUUCCAGAAAAUGAUGUCAUGGCUUUAGAAGCUUCUGAUAGGCUAAUUGACAUCAUUUGAGUCAAUUGGAGGUGUACCGGUGGAUGUAUUUCAAGGCCUACCUUCAAACUCAGUGCCUCUUUGCUUGGAAACACCUUGGGAGCAAUUUCCAAACGCCUGAACGUACCACAUUCAUCUGUACAAACAAUAGUACGCAAGUAUAAACACCAUGGGACCACGCAGCCGUCAUACCGCUCAGGAAGGAGACUCGUUUUGUCUCCUAGAGAUGAACGUACUUUGGUGCAAAGUGCAAAUCAAUCCCAGAACAACAGCAAAGGUCCUUGUGAAGAUGCUGGAGGAAACCGGUACAAAAGUAUCUAUAACCACAGUAAAACGAAUCCUAUAUCGACAUAACCUGAAAGGCUGCUCAGCAAGGAAGAAGCCACUGCUCCAAAACCGCCAUAAAAAAGCCAGACUACGGUUUGCAACUGUACAUGGGGACAAAGAUCGUACUUUUUGGUGAAAUGUCCUCUGGUCUGAUGAAACAAAAAUAGAACUGUUUGGCCAUAAUGACCAUCGUUAUGUUUGGAGGAAAAAGGGGGUUGCUUGCAAGCCGAAGAACACCAUCCCAACCGUGAAGCACGGGGUGGCAGCAUCAUGCUGUGGGGUGCUUUGCUGCAGGAGGGACUGGUGCACUUCACAAAAUAGAUGGCAUCAUGAGAAAGGAAAAUGAUGUGGAUAUAUUGAAGCAACAUCUCAAGACAUCAGUCAGGAAGUUAAAGCUUGGUCGCAAAUGGGUCUUCCAAAUGGACAAUGACCCCAAGCAUACUUCCAAAGUUGAGGCAAAAUGGCUUAAGGACAACAAAGUCAAGGUAUUGGAGUGGCCAUCACAAAGCCCUGACCUCAAUCCUAUAGAAAAUGUGUGGGCAGAACUGAAGAAGCGUGUGCGAGCAAGGAGACCUACAAACCUGACUCAGUUACACCAGCUCUGUCAGGAGGAAUGGGCCAAAAUUCUUAUUGUGGGAAGCUUGUGGAAGGCUACCCGAAACGUUUGACCCAAGUUAAACAAUUUAAAGGCAAUGUUACCAAAUACUAAUUGAGUGUAUGUAAACUUCUGACCCACUGGGAAUGUGAUGAAAGAAAUAAAAGCUGAAAUAAAUCAUUCUCUAUAGUAUUAUUCAGACAUUUCACAUUCUUUCACCUAGUCAUGAUUGCGGUGAAAUUGUGCAUACGGCUUACUAUCAUCCUGGCAGUUCUAAACUUUGCUAGGCAUGUCAUUUCACCCAUCUCUUCACAUAGCCCAAGCACAUGCACUAUUUUCUUAACCACAACUGGAUGGAUCCAUAAAGAAUGCCUGUAGGAAUAAAUAUCACUGAAUGACAGAAAUAUUGUAAUAAAGUAGGCUAAUGCAAUUGAAGGCAACAAAUUGUUGCUUACUGAAACACCCAAAGUCAUCCAAUUGUUAUAAUACAUUUGAUUGAAGCAAUAGCCUACUGCGUGUGGUCAACUAUUUCAGCACCGUUUCGCACUUCUUUGCAACAGGCGUGAAUGUCCGAUUUUUUUUUUUCUUUUCACUGAAUCUCCAUUUGGAUAUUGGUUAGGAUACGGAAAUGUUAGCUAAGUUGAGAGCUGCUCAUGAUCAUCUUGUCUAGUUGGCUCAUUUAUUAGCACUGAUGAGACCAUUUUGCCAGCAUGUUAUGUAGCUUAACAAGUGGAUUAUUUUGCUCUUCACUCGCAGUCACUUAGUAGCUUAGGCCUACUCCUGACCAAAAGCCUGUGACUUGUCUUAAUCAAUGUGAUUGUGUUUCACUGGAUCUCUCUGUAUAUUUGGUUAAUUCUCUGGCUGGGCAAAUCAGUGGAGGUGGUAUAGCUCAUUUAUUCGUUUGCUCAUCUAUCACUGAUCAGAAACAUUUAGCAUGCAAUAAUGGAGCCUAAAUCAAGUGUAGGCCUGUUAUUUUACUUGACCGCGUAUAAGCAAUGCCAAAAGCCGGAGGAUGUUGUGACAUAUGAACACGAGACUCAAAUGUAUUUUUUGAAAAUAUAGAUUGCUAUUAUUUUCUAUCGGUAUAAUGAUGAAGAUACUCUCAAUGUAAGACCCUACACCUGCUCAUUAACAAAGCAGAGUGAGGAUAGGAAAGAGAUGAAACGUGGAUCAAAAAAGCAUGGGCUUGCCUUGGGCUCUGUUUCAAAAUGUUAUUUUUUUGAUAUGACAGCGGUUCAACACGUUGCCAUGAUAUACGUAUUCCUUGUAUUUUAUUCUAUUCUAUUUCAUUAUAUUCUUAGCCUACUAUAAAAUAUGUGUUGACUGUGAUCAGGGUAGCCUAAGUGUGUCUUGUCUGUUUAAUGAACAAAAUUACUAUUGAUUUCAUGUGCACUCCGAAGCUUUAUAGGCUGCACAGACCAGUAACAGAGUUAAACAAAAAAUAUGCCAUUCUAUUCUUUUGAAAACACAUUUUAUUAGUCUUGUGUUUCUUAGGACCUGCUUAAAACAAAUUAAUAAUGGAUUUCUUUGUGAGAUUUUAAACUUGUGUGAUUAAUGUUUUGCAGUUUGCCUUUUGUCAUUGAUUGUGUCUUACGACAGUCCUCUUUCUCUUUAAUUCCAGGAAUUAGAAAGACAAAAGCACACAUGCACAGUCCUGCAGCACAAACAAGUGGAGUUAAAAGAGGGAAUCCGCCAGAGAGAUGAGCUCAUAGAGGUAUGUCUGCACUAAGAAAACAAACAGUUGGUGGCAAUCUGUUCACACCUGUUCUAAACCACUUCCAUCUCUACAGUUCAUUCUCUACAGUCCUGUAGUCUGUGUACUGCAGUAUCUUGAUGAAGAUCCAAAGUGUGAGACUAUGCUUCUCUCUCUCAUCCCAGUGUCUCCUGACAUCUCUGUUUCAUCGUUUUCUCUGUCUGCUCUGUCAUGUUUCUUUGCCUCGUCUCUCUAUACUGAAAUGAUCUCUACUCCAGAUCGUUUUCUGGCCACCUGUCUUUUCUCUGGUCUUUUUCGGUCUCUUACCUUUUGUCGCGCUUACUCAAUUUCUAUUCAAUGCUAUUGUCGUUUAUCUCCAUUUCUUAUGUUUCAUCCUCUAAUUUAUCCUGUCAUUUCUCUUUCCAUCGUUUUACCCUGUAUCCCCUUUCACUUUGUCUGUACGCAAUACCACUACAGAAGAACCAGCAAAUCCAGACUAACUUAGAUACCCUCACCAGAGAGGUGUUUGACCUGCAGGAAACGAUAAACUGGAAGGACAAAAAGAUUGGGGUAGGAGGUCACGCUAGGGACUCUGAAAGAUGUGAGAGGCAAUAGAUGUGCACAGACGUGUUUCGAUAGCUUGCUUAGUUUUGGUUGUAUGUCUGACUCUGACCAAAUGGGAAUUUGAAUGGUUGUGUUCAGAUUCAAUAGCCUUCACCCAAAAUUGUACAUGGGUCUUUCUAUAAAUAAUGGGGACAAUGUGUGACAUUGGGAUCAAAAUUUGAAACAAAAAUAAAAAGGAUUUUCAUGCAGUUCCACAUGAGUACUUAGAGGAAUAAAAGUGAAUGUAUGCAAAUUGCCCCAUAACUCCACCUAUACAACAACAUAGGCCUAGGACUAUACAUCCUUUAAGCAGGGUUCAUACAGAUAUUGGCAAGUCAAUUUCAAGGACUUUCAGGGACUUUGUAAAGCACUUAUUUGUAAUUUAAGGACCUCAAUGUUAUACAAUUGUAUAAUUAAAUACGUGUACAUAUAGGGCCUCAUAUAGAACCCCCCUCCCCCAAAAAGCAUGAAAAAAAGUAGGUCAUUAGCCAUUUUAAGAAUAAUGCAUUUAUUUUCAUUAUUACAUUCUAAAAUAUGUGAGAAUGUGGACCAUUGCCUGACUAAAUAGAUUGGAUGCAUGGCGAUUUUUCUCUAGCCUAUGUAGUCAACGUAGGCACACAAAAUAAAGCAAUGUAUAGCGAUAGCAUUAAUAUCACCAUUUGAAUCUCACCAUCGUCAUUUUUUAUAAUGAGAAAGUGACUAAAAACCAGGUUCCUUUUUUAAUGGAAUGAUAUGUAUGGGAAGCCAACAUUAGAUGUUGUCGUCCUCAUAAUAACCGCAUGUGGUUUUACUGCAACAGAGUAGCGCAACACCCUUCAAUUGAAGUGGCGGGAAGCAAAUGAAAGUGGCCACAUCUCUCACAUAAACGGAUCAACAAUGAAAUCACGGACAAUUAUAAGGGAGCAGGAUAACUUAUAAAUUGGCUACAAUAAUUACAAUCACUUUUCAAGCACCAAAUUGAGGAAAUUUCAGAUUUAAGGUAGGCUACUCCAAGCCCCUUAUAUUGUCUACAAUUGCAGGUGUAACAUGACAAAUACAUUUUGUUUUCCAUGUUAUUUUAUUACCAUAUCAUAUUGUAAAUAAGCCCACUAGGCUGUUGAAUUUGUUGUCGUCAUAUCCAGAAUAAUUAAUAGGAAUAGCGUUGGGUGUCCUACACAAUUGCGCACAGAAGACUCGGUGUCUAAUCCGAGGCACAAAAACAUAAACUCAUUACCUUAAUGCUUUCUCUGUUAAAUCUAACGAGAGCCUGCCGUAAAUCAAGCAGACAACAGAUGAUCAACAUCAAUUCGCUAGGGUAUUAGAUCCAACGUGGAUCCAGGCACAACUGUCUUCACCAGCGUAACGAAUGAGACACCAAAAUAUUCUGAGCCUUUCUCGCGAACACCCUUUUACCAACACUGUAAAAUUAUUGAAGAACCACAUUGUCAGUAUCAAUUUAGGCUUUAAGUACCAAGGUGACUCUUUUGGUUAGAAGCAUUCGAUUUUGCAAUGCGUACAUUAUUUAGGAUUUGUUUGCCUAUGAAAACGGUUUUCACUCCAUAACGUAAGGAGACAUGAAAUGUUAUGUAGUUACACUAAAUUUCAGAGAUCUCUAUAGUAAAAACUGCCGACAGCUAGAUCCAUGAUUCUUAGAGGGUUCAAGUUCAAUGUCUAAUUUAACUGAUUAAUGCUUAAUAUAUGAUGUAACGACAACUUACACUGCCAUAAAUGCAAGGACAGAAAAGUCAUUUUAUGUCACACGAUUUUAGACAAAUCCGUCAAGACACCAACCGUGAUAAAGGAUUAAACAGGUUUUAAAUCAACUUGUGAAUUUUAUUGAAUAUAACUAUGAUCCCCCUUAUCUUAAUGUAAUGAUAUGAAAAUAAUUGGCAGAUUAUUAUCAAUGACUUAUAAACAGCUAUAACAAGUUGUCCAGUGUAGGAAAUCCUCACUGGUGCUCUAGUUUCUAGAAAGACCCGUAGUCCCCCCUCAAGUAUUUAAAACAUUGGGUUGGUGCAAGCAUGGCUGGAGGAAGUUUCCACCAUAUUCCUUACACCAGUCCAAUUCCUUUUUAAAUCGUGAGAGGGAGUGUUACGAGUUUACAAUUCAGCAGAAGGGUCGAGAAUCAGACCACCCAUAUCAACCUGUAGACUUGCCUGAAGGAAACUUGGUGCUGAUUCACCGAUCAAUUAAAUCUGUAUCAGAUAAUCGACUGGUCCUAAACAGUCUAUUGCCUCUCAUAGUUGCAUGACAGGGACCCUGGAUAAUAGCCUGUAGUUUGACCAGUUCUAAUUCACAGUUUGGAGUUUCCCUAAAUGUGAUGUGAAUUGACGAUUGUGGGCUCACUAAUUUCCAUUUUAAGUUGGAUGCUGUGGUCAUUAUAGGUUAAAAUGUAGAUUUUAUGUGCAAUCUGCAAAGUUUAGUCAGUGCAAGGGAAAAUGUGCACCUGCAAGCAUUUGAUGUAUUGUGUAUGAAAAUAAAUGGUGAAAGAUCCAUAUGCCAAGUGGACAUUUCUCCCUUAAAAAUCGAAUAUUUGAUUUACCCUGAAAUGACAGCAUGAGAUCCAUUUGACAUGAGUCAAGACAUCCCUUUCUUUAAAAAAUAAAAAUGUAGGCCUACACCUAAAGCUUUGCCUGUUUAGUGUCAGAUUCUGUCUGUUAUUUGGCCUUUAGCUCUCCCUUACAGCACUGUUUUGUCUUAUCUGUGAGCAUGUGGUGAUUGUGUUAACAUCUGUCACUUUGCCUUUCCAACUCAACCUUACCAUUUUGGUGUGCCUUUUGUGUGUGCAUACAGACAUAUGUGCAUGUAUCAUUGUAGUGUGCGUUCAUGUACCUAUAUCAGUCUUUCCAACCUAUCCUCGCCUCUUCUUUCCUUUCUCUUGUCUUUUCUCCCUCCUGCGUGUGGCCACCAGGCCCUAGAGAGGCAGAAAGAGUACUUUGAUUGCAUUAGGAAUGAGAGGGAUGAGCUCAGAGAUGAGCUGGCUGACAUCAAGGCGAAGGCCAAAACAGGAGAGGUAGGUCUCACCACCAGAGGGCUGGGAAUAGUACUAUAUAUUCCCAUUAUAUAGACGAAAGAUGGUUACAGGAAUAAGCUCGCUAGCAACCAAACGGUGAUCAAAAAGUAAAUUGUGGUUUGUAUGUAGCCAUUUGUCUUCUUGUGUACCUCGCUUUUUGUUGUAUUUUCUUUUCUACUGUUUCUCCCACCUCUCACUCCCGAUGUCAAAUUUGUUGAACACUUGCGGUGUCUGUCAGUCUGUGUAUAAGUCAUGGAAACCUAAGUACAAUGUCGCUUCAUACGUGAAGCUCAAUAUUCUACGUGGUCUGCUCUGUGGCUUAAUGUCGAACGGAAAAGUGUCCUCAACUCCUCAAACGCCUCCUCUCGCCGAGGAUACUCAUGAGUAUCCUUUCGCCAGCUAGCGCAUAACUUUUUUUGAAAUCCGCCACACCCCCUUUGAAUCAGCUGUUUUCUCUGAGAAAAGCAUGCACAUUUGAAAAACGAUACGCUACUUAUCCUUUUAUCUAUAAAAUGUCUUGCGCAACCAGCUACGUUAGUUUUUAUUACUUUAGACAUUUAUUUUGGGAUUCCACCCGUCAGUCAUUUGCUUGAUGACGCACAAGGUGGAGGAGUCUCAUUUCAUACAAGCGCAUUUGUUUCCUCGCCUCCGCUCCUCAAGGAUUACCUUUUUACCUUUUUCAAAGUGGAGAGGAUUGAGGAGAGGAGGGAAGCAGACCAAUUGAGAUUCUCCCCGUCUUUCUUUGACUCCUCCUAGAAACACGGCCUGGUCAUCAUCCCAGAGGGAAUGCCUAACGGGGACAUCAGCCAUGACGACUCAGCCACAGGGAUCACUGUGGUCACACAGGAGGCUGCCCAGGUGCUGGAGUCAGCAGGAGAAGGGCCUCUGGGUGAGUGGAGGGGACAGAACGGGCUCUCCUAAAGGGAGCAUUGGGAGAGAUAAAUUAACUCGUAUCUGUCAUGUACAUGCAUUAUUCAAUAAUACCAGGGGGAGCGCUCCAUUGUUAUUUUAGCACGGCUGUGCUUCGGCCAUAGGUGCAAGGAUCCUCUUAUAAUGAUAUUUUAUUUCCUUUGCAGAUGUUAGGCUACGAAAGCUUGCGGAUGAAAAGGACGAACUCUUAGCUCAGGUACAAAUCUUUUUCCUCUUCGACCCCAGUGACACAAGUUCUCAUGUCUUCUUUUUGAACUGUCUGUGUGCAGCUGUUAAGUAAUUAUGUGUGGCGUUUCACAGAUCAGGAAGUUGAAAAUGCAGCUGGAGGAUGAAAGGCAGAAGCACUCGAAGAUGGAGAAUGCCUUCACAGACGGCGAGAGAAUGGAGAAUGGCACUGAUCUGCAUGUCAUCGAGAUGCAGAGUAAGUCCCAUUCCUGCCCAAACCUAAAAAGGUUGAGGCAUACACGUCACCAUUUAUACUUAGCCUCUGAGUGAGUCUGUGUAUAGACUUUCUCGUUACAUUAAACAUAGACAAAACCCCACUUGUCCAAAACAUCCUAUUAGCAGCUGCCAGUUCCAUCUCUUCUUGUGUGCCAAGAACAAACAAACAGCAAGGCUCACAUCUUUAUUCCAGUGUCCUGCGUAAGGUAACUGUACUAACUCAAAUGUUCUACUCUCUGCAGGAGAUGCCAACAGACAGAUAAGUGAAUACAAGUUCAAGCUCUCGAAGGCAGAACAGGAAAUGGGCACAAUGGAACAAAACGUAAGUCAUGGAAACACUGAUAUACUUUUCCACCAGUCCAUAUGUACCCUAGCUGACCAUAUGCCAACUGGAUACAUUUAGUGUUUGAAUGAGAAAAGGAAAAUAAAUGUCAGAUUCGUAUGUGAAAGACUUGGUUGUGUUUAGUUUGUUUCAUUAUCCUCAUAUCCAGAUCAACAGACUUGAAGGACAAGUGUCCAGAUACAAGGCAUCGGCGGAAAACUCAGAGAAAAUAGAAGAUGAACUGAAAAUUGAAAAAAGGAAACUUCAAAGAGAGGUAAGGAACCGAACUAAAAUCAAAUGUCUGUGGCCAAUGUUUGAUUGUACAUAAAAUGUAAUCUAACCUUCAAUUUCUAACCAUUCCCCUCCUUUUCCCACAGCUGCGUACGGCGCUGGAUAAGACUGAGGAGAUGGAGAUGACCAACAACCACCUAGUAAAGCGCCUUGAGAAGAUGAAGGCCAAUCGGAAUGCCCUUCUGUCUCAGCAGUAAGGUCUGCUGGAUUGCCACAGAAGCCCUUAAACUCACACCUCAGACCUUUGAUAUUGUGUCUGGAGCACAUUUCCAUUCUUCCUCAGUAACACUUAAAGCUGUGUAGCAAAACCCAAAAACACUAACAGAAAAAAAGCAACACUGGUAGCACAGAGGCGAAACUGUUUAAAAAAAUAAAUAAAGGAGAAGCAUUGGUUUGUUAGUGUCUUUGGGAGACUCAAAAACCAUAGUUACUAGGGGGAGAUGAUGAAUCUAAGAAAUUCGACUCAUUACUUACUUUACUCAAAGCUUUGUACUACAUCAUGUUAUUCACAAGGUUUUACUGCUCUCUCGCUGGGUCUUUGGCUAUAAUUUUUUUAAAUAAGUUGCAUGAAUGAGUAUAAUGGCGCUUUUUAACUGUUAAACCCUUAAGGCUGUUCUCUGGCCCUGCACCUAUCCAUAAUUCCUCACACAGUGAAGUGCCUUCUCACACCUGGAGACUGAGGGUUUUGCAUUAACCAAACAAUUCAAAACAAUAAUUAGUAUUGGUACAGAAUGUAUUUAAAGGUGCAGUCAUGAUUUGAUCAAAUAUAUAGAACCAAUUGUCUGCAGAGGUUUCAUUGAUUUCUCGGCAAUACGUGUGAAUGUCAGAACUGUAAAUACAAGGUAGAUUUUUUUUUUUUUUAAUUGCA